CGCCUACGCACACGCGGAAGCGACGGCUUCCACUGGUGUUUUGUACACAGUGGAUGUGCGGAGCCGUGCUGGACAAUCGAAAUUGGUCUGGAAUUGGUGUGUGUUUUAGACGCAUGCAGCCCGGUGUGCCAUGAUCCCCAUAGCGGUGGUGGUGUGUGUGAUGGGCGGCUGGUGUACCGUGUAUCUGGCGGACACGCUGCUGCGGUCAUCCAGUUCGGUGAAGAACCGCUAUGAAUCAUGGUUAUCCUCGAAUGGAUUCACGCUAUCUCCCUUCCAUAUCAAGUGGCACACGAGUAUCUUCAACCGUCUGUUUGCCAGAUGUGCUCAUCUCAACCCUCAUUUUCUCUACAUCUGGUUCAGUGCUGGUAUGGUGUUCGGGGUUUUGGCGAUGUUUGGAUCUGUUGUUCUCCUGAGCAAAACAUUACUGCAGACUCUGCAUCAGAUGAUGGCAGACACACCGGACGGGUCCCACGAACAGGUUUUGCAAGUGGUGGUGCCUGGUGUAAAUCUUCCUGUCAGUCAACUGGCCUAUUUUUUCAUCGCUAUCUUGGUCAGUGGAGUCAUACAUGAGUUUGGCCAUGGGGUGGCAGCACUGAGGGAGCAGGUGAGGCUGAAUGGUUUUGGCAUGUUCAUGUUUGUGAUUUAUCCCGGAGCGUUUGUGGAUCUCUUCACCACACAUCUAAACCUCAUCUCUCCAGUCCAGCAGCUCAGAAUAUUCUGCGCUGGAGUCUGGCACAACUUCAUGCUGUGUGUUGUGGCUCUCAGCUUCCUGUUCUUACUGCCCGUCUUCCUGUUUCCCUUCUAUUACACCGGAGCAGGAGCCCUGGUCACUGAAGUGGUGGAGGGUUCUCCAUCGAGUGGACCUCGUGGGCUGUUUUUAGGAGAUCUGAUCACACAGCUGGAGGACUGUACAGUUCGGGGUGUGCAGGAUUGGCACAGCUGCGUUCAGCAUCUAUCUCAUAAUCCUCAGACAGGCUACUGUGUCCACACUGCCAAACUCCAUCUCAGCUACACACAAGGAAGAGCGUUCAAGCGUCUGGAUGGCACUAUGGAGUGCUGUGGGAACAACAGCUUGACAGACCUCUGCUUCUCUUACAGUAACAACGUGGAGAGCAAAUUAUUUGCUUGCCUGCCGGUGAGAAAGACCAUUGAAGCAAGUCGUACAUGUCGCACCAACACAGACUGUCAAACAGACUUCAUCCCAAGCUUGUGUUUAAUCCCAUCUCUGGAGAACCAGACCAGAUUGAUCCGGGUCAAACAUCCUCCACAAACAGACAUGCUCUUUGUCGGAUAUCCUUCACACCUACAGUAUUCAGUGAGUCUCACCAAUUUUGUUCCUCGGCUGGGCUUUCUUCAUCCAGACUUGCCUGUAAUGCUAGAAACUUUCUGCAAAUACCUCGUCUCACUGUCUGGGGCUCUUGCGGUGGUAAAUGCAGUUCCAUGUUUUGCUCUUGAUGGCCAGUGGAUGCUCACAGCUUUUCUUGAAGCCACGCUGAGCUCCGUUAUCCAGGAGAGGAACAACCGAGAGCUGAUCGGCUUCUUUUUUCUACUGGGAGGCAGUGCUCUUCUAGCAGCAAACGUGGCUCUUGGCCUGUGGAUGGUCACGGCACGGUAACAUACACCCGUCUCCUCCAAUCAGACAGUUUGGGGGAAAUGUUAAUUCAAUAGCCUUCUUGAACUUGGUAAUUUUUACCUUUGCUGGUUAUUGUCAGGCUGUAGAACCAAAGGGUUUAGAGCAUUGCUUUAUCCGAGAACACUGGUGAUCUGGGUUUGAUUGGCUUGAAUAGAAACAAGCUGUGAAGAUGAUCUUGAAGCUGCGUGCUUUUGCAAUGUGACCUCAGGACAGCGCCAAUAGUGCCGUAUCUGAUCAAUACGUGAUCACAUUGUGUCUGAUUCAUCAUGUAAACCCACAAAUGAAGCUUUACCAACAAAUACAUGAUGGAUUUUGAAGGCAUUAAAUGCCUGUUUGGCCUUUCUGUCUUCCUUAUACAUAUGUUAUGUGUAGGUUUAAAGGUGUAGUUCACCUCAAAAUGAAAUUUACUCACUAUUUACUCAUCCUCAAGUGGUUAUAAACCUUUAUGAGCUGCGUUCUUCUGUUGAACACUAAAGAAGAUAUUUUGAAGAAAGCUGAGAAGCUGUAACCAUUGACAUCCAUAGUAGGAAAAACGAAUACUAUGGAAGUCAAUGGUUACAUUUUCCAGCUUUCUUCAAAAUGUCUUAUUUUGUGUUCAAAGGAAGAAAGAAACUCAGACAGGAUUGGAACAAGCGAAGUAAACAAAUAACAGACAUUUAAUAAAAACAGAGUAAAUAUUGACAGAAUUUUCAUUUUUAGGUGAACUAUCCCCUUUUAGUUUUUAACUGAAAAGUUCAUAAAUACUCAUGUCACUUCAACCCAAACCUUUACAUCUGUACUUUGAAAAUAAAGCCAAUUACUUUUUAUUUACCUCAGUAGGGAAGUUUAGAAAUUAAAAACAAAAAAAUGGAUUCCAGGUAAUUGUACAUGUAGUCGUUUGAAAAAAAUGAUGGCCAGCCAAACCGACUCGCAGAAUUACAACUGACAUUUAAUUGAUGUGAAAAAAAUGUACAUAUAGCGAAUGAAUACACGUAUAGCAUGAAAACGGCACAAAUAAACAAAUACUGCAGUGUUUUUGAGCUUCGGCGAGUAGCUUUAGUGGGUUAGCUAGAGAUUGAAUGGCUGAUUGUUCAUUUUACCAGAGGUAAAUGCUUAGAAACAACUAUUAACUGUGAAGAUGUUCUCGUAUACACCAUGCCAAAAGAAACAUUCGCUAAAACACGCUUGGAAGGCCUCCAUAUUGUUUAUGAUCUGUAUACUGUGAAAUAUUUUACCCAACAACAAUUAGCCAGACUGUGGGUUAGAGCUGCACUAAACUAGGAAUUAUUACUUGUUUUAAGGUUCUUUCUCUCUUUCACACACACACUCUCCCACUCUCUUUUAAUUUGUUGUUUUUGUCAUCCUACCUGGCCUGUUGUAAAUAUGUUUAUAAAAGUCAUUUACAUAAA